AUGUUACUGACAUGUGCUGGGAUGAGGAAGACCAUGAGUGGACGAGAAGAUCAAAUCCCCUCGCCCUAUCCCAGCCUCCGUAGACCCCGCGGGGCCGCCCCCCGCUCGGCCCUCCCUCUUUGGGGUCGUGGCGGCAAGGGGAGGGGCCGCCCGCCGGCCCCAGCGUGCGUGGCAGGCGCNUGCUCGCGCAGGCUCGGCCGGGUGCUCAACUUUCUCUUCUACCUCGCCCUGGUGGCGGCGGCCGCCUUCUCGGGCUGGUGUGUCCACCACGUCCUGGAGGAGGUCCAGCACGUCCGGCGCAGCCACCAGGACUUCUCCCGGCAGCGGGAGGAGCUGGGUCAGGGCUUGCAGGGCGUCGAGCAGAAGGUGCAGUCCCUGCAAGCCACAUUCGGUACUUUUGAGUCCCUUGUGAGAAGCUCCCAACAUAAACAUGAUCUCACAGAGAAAGCCGUGAAGCAGGGGGAGAGUGAGAUCAACCGCAUCAGUGAAGUUCUACAAAAACUCCAGAAUGAGAUCCUCAGAGACCUCUCUGAUGGGAUCCACGUGGUCAAGGAUGCCCGGGAGCGGGACUUCACCUCCCUGGAGAACACUGUGGAGGAGAGGCUGACGGAGCUCACCAAGUCCAUCAAUGACAACAUCGCCAUCUUCACAGACGUCCAGAAGAGGAGCCAGAAGGAAAUCAACGACGUGAAGGCCAAGGUCGCCUCUCUGGAAGACUCAGAGGGAUACAAGCAGGAUCUGAAAGCCUUAAAGGAAGUGGUUAAGGAAAUACAGACCUCAGUGAAGUCCAAAGAGAAGGACAUGGAGGCCCUGAGAAGCACCAUCCAGACCAUGGAGUCGGAUGUCUACACGGAGGUCAAAGAACUGGUGAGCCUCAAACAGGAGCAGCAGAGGUUCAAGGAGGCGGCCGAUUCGGAACAUCACACCCUUCAGGCGCUCACGGAGAAGAUCCUCAGGGCGGAGGAGUCGGUUGCCCGCCUCCCUGACGAGAUCAGGAGACUCGAGGAGGAGCUCGGCCAACUCAAGGCCGCAGCCCUCCGGCCAGAAGAAGACGGGGCCUUCAGACCCUCCGAGGCCUUUGAAACGCUCCAGAAGGAGAGCCAGGGCUUGGACUCACGGCUGCAGAGCGUGGAAGACGGGGUGCAGGCGGCGCAGGCAGCCUGGGCGCGCCAGGGCGAGAGCCUGGAGGCGCUGCGCGCGCAGAGCGAGGAGCAGGCGCGGCGCCUGGCGGAGCUGCAGGAGCGCGUGGCCGGCCUGGGCCCCGCCACCGACGCCGAGGGCGGCCUGGCGGGCACGGUGCGUGGCCUCGGCGAGGCCCAGCUCUCGCUGGCUGGUGAUGUGGACGAGCUGAAGCGCCGCAUGGCUGAGCUCCCCGGCGCCGUGGAGGCUCUGCAGAAGGUGCAGGAGCAGGUCCACACGCUGCUGGGCCGCGAGGCCACCGCCACGCCCCCCCAGGACCUGCUGGACAGACUCUCCUCCCUUGACAACCUCAGAGCCUCCGUGGGCCAGGUAGAGUCGGACUUGAAAAUGCUCAGGACUGCUGUGGACAGUUUGGUCGCGUACUCGGUGAAGAUCGAGACCAAUGAGAACAACUUGGAGUCGGCCAAGGGUUUGCUAGAGGACCUGAGGAAUGACCUGGAUAGGUUGUUUGUGAAAGUGGAAAAGAUUCACGAGAAAGUCUAAACGGAUUGCGUGUGCGGGGCACGGAUGGCCAGUGCAGUUUUUUAUGACCAAAAAAGAGUGUUGAUGGCCCCCCCUCACCUCUUCCCCCACGGCCAGGCCCCUCCACGACCCGCACCACCAGGACCUCCUGGGCCUUCUAUGUUUUUGUGCCCGGUUAACUUAUUUAUGAUGGUUAUCACGCGCCACCGGUUGCGCAAAAGUCUUCUGCUUCUGCUUUGGGUGGGGGGCGUUCCUGAAGGCCCGGCUUCAGUGCCUCAGAGGCACCUUCUAGAAGGGAUGUCUCUCCCCAGUGUCAGGGAAGAACCAUAGUGGCUGCAAUUGAGGAUUAACAGAAGCAGAUUAACCUCAAAAAUCCUGCCUGGCUGGCAGAUUUCAAGCAAAAUGUGGGGGGAGGAGGUGCUUUUCUUUCUAAUUGUCUUUAAGGAAAAUUCAUUUUAUUUUGUUUUUAUUUUUAUUUUUUUUUAGUACUUUUGGCCAAGGUUUUCAUGAGAUGUCACUCACUUCUUGUCUUCCACUUCCAACUGGUUAUGACUUGUUAAGGUCAACUCUGAAUCGAGAGGGGGGCCAAGCCCUCCAUUUUUAGUUGCAUCGGCUGCUUGAUGGUCGCCUUCUGUGGGGAAAGGUGUCUUUUUCAUUCCUGAACCAUUUCACGAUCUCAGUGGUAACUAUGCAAAGAAUUCAGACGGUUCUGAAUGUGAAGGCACAACUCCCCACAGAGUCCCCUGUGGCUGACCUGUGUCACUUCUUGAUAAGGCCCCAAAUAGUGCAUUCAGAAUAAGGGUUUAGAAUCCCUGAGAGUCCUUGGAUUCCUUCAGGAAAUGUAUUACGAGAGCUGCUCAUAAAGGCAUAGACUGCCUCCCCAGGGAAUGGAGGCCACUGUCUCUCUUUCACCACAAUGUUCUUGAAGAGGUUUGGUGUCAGCAGACCCCAUUCAUCAGUGAGGAACGUGUGCAUUUUCUGUAGCCAUUUGCUGUUUCCCUUCCCCCUUUGAGCUGUACUGUUCUUUAAUGGCUGUCUUGCCCUUUAAAAAAGAAAAAAGAAAAAAAGGAAAAAGAAAAAAAAGGUCUGUUUAGUUUACUGUGAAAUGAACUGUAUGGCUUAUUUACAGUAUUUUUAAUUCUUAAUAAACACUUGAGCUUUGUUAUGA